AUGCCUGAAUACGAUUCAUGGAUACCUAAAGACGAGCUUCCCAGCACAUUUGAGGAGCACAUGCAUCGCGCGAUGAACCGCAUCAUCAUCUUCGCCCAGGAAGCAUACCACAACUCGCUGCCAGAGAGCCGGCCCAUUCGAGCCAUGGCCACGCCUCAGAUCACGACGACAUCCACCGCCGUUGCGCUGGAGGCUCUUAUCAUGCAAGGUGACGAUGUGCCCGCGACUACGAUCGCCAACAUCGUCAAUGAGCUUCGGAAGAAUCUUGUUCUCAGAAAUGAAGCAGAAUACAGAGCCAUCGCAUGUGUGAUGUACAAGGAGAACACAACCUGUGAGACUAGAGAAGCGCUUCACAAUAAGCUAUGGCAUACAUAUUCGCUCGAGCUUUCGAAGAGAAUUCACGAGGUGAUCAAGGCCGGGGACGAGGGCUCGCUGGACGAUGAGAGAGAGGAGGUGGAGAGGUCUAGAAGCCGAGAAAUGGGUGCGUACUUCUCUUUUGUGCUUGGACUCCAGGAGUGA